GAAACUUUUCCAACAUCAGCACAUAAACGUGCAGUUUUCUUUUAAGUAAACUCUUGAAAUGUAUUCUAAUGUAUGUAGUCACAAUUUAACCAGUUCCCUAUGAUGGUCAUCUUAGGCUGAUUCUAAGAAUUAAUAUUAUAAACAAUGUUGCAUAUACAUAUAUCUUUGUAUGUAUCAUGCCAAUAUAGCCAAGGAGUAAAUUUGUAGCGGUGGAAGUACAUGGUUUGCCUGAGUUUUGUUAGCAACUGAAAACUAUGUAUUUUCAGGAUAUAUAAUAUUUAUAGCUCAUUAAAAGUUUCUAGUCAACACAGGGUUACACAUAUCUACACCACCUCGUUUGUCAGGAGACCUUUGACAAAAGGAAAAUAAGACCUUGGAAGAAAAGUCUUUGUCCUUAUUCCUUUUAGAGCUUCCUUUAGCCAUCUGCAAUUCACUGAUAAUUAGCAUCCACCACCAUCUCCUGGAACUGAAGACAGCUUUUCUAGAGAUUAAAAGUAUCACUAUAUUUAAUUCAAAAUCUAAUGCAAUGUAAAACAAUUAUUUUUAUAAUUCCAUUAUCUUAAUAUGGAACAAUAAUGCUGAUAUUGCCACUAAAAAUUAGCUGGCAUUAUCUAUUAAAAUUGAUCACAUGCAUUUCUCAUGACCCAUGAACCUAUCCCUAUAUACACAUCAGAAAUGAGUACAUGUAUCUGUCAAAAGUGUUCUAUGAGAAUGUUUGCAGCAGCAUUAUUCCCAGUAGCCUCAAAGGGAAACAACACAAAUGCCCUUCAACAGUGGAAUGCAUAAAUUGUGCCAUACUCAUAAAAAGGAAUAAUACACAACAGUGUAAAUUAAGAAAUUAUUACCAUAGAAACUACGGAUGAACCUCAUGAACAUAAUGUGAAUUUGAAUAGAGCCAGACACAAAGGAGUACAUAAUAUAUGAUUCCAAAGAAUCAACAGGAAAAAUGAAUCUGCAGUAUGUGUUGGCUAAUGACUGGAGGGGUAAUGAGGUGCUGAUCUGUGUAAUGUGCUAGCAUUCUAUUUUUUGACUUGGAUGGGUUUUGCAUAGGUAUCUUCAGCUUGUGAUAAUUAUCAGCAGAGGGGAGAGUAUGCACACAAUUCUUCAGGAUGAGAUUGGUGACAUGUAGAGAAAAGGGGGAAAUGACUGUCGUUUAAAAAAAGUCAAUUCCCUCCUUCCCACUUCCCCAGCUCUCCAUUUCCUAGGAAGAGAGCCCAGGGAAAAGUAAACAAAGAAAUAAAUUCGACCUCAAACUCUCAAACAGAUCUGGAGACUCAAAUAUCCAUCGCUCUGGGCAAAAGGCAUUCCUAAAUUUGUCCAAGGUACAAAAACUACCACUCUAACCACGUUUCUUCGCUGCCCGGGGUCCGAUAAGUAAAAACCAAUUAUUUAUUUAUCUUUAAGUUACUUCCAACCUCGCUGCCUCGAGCUUCCGAAUCACCUAGGCAACCUGGAAGCUACCCAUCUAAGGGGGUGGGGUCGAAUCCCAGCCUUGACGCCUUAGCAACCGAGCCAGUCUUUCUCGCGUCCCAGCAACGCGCCCCGCCCUUUCCUGUCGGGCCUAUUCUCCCUGGUGCCCCUCCCUUCCUCGAGGCUGCAGCUCACCCCUCACUGGGUCUCUCCCUGGUCCGGCAGGCACGGGUCUGCACACUCUCACUCAGUGCCAGACAGCAGUUCCUGCGGCUCCUGCGGUGGGAGCCGCCGGAGAGCCAGGGCAGUGGGGAGGGACGGCGAGAAAGAAUGUUUAAGUUUAUUUAAGAAAGAGGAAAAAAGAGUCAACAGAUUCAGGAUUUUCGUCAUUCUGAUUUUUAAGGCACAUCCAAAGCUCCGUGGAGAAGGGGCUGGAGGGUGGGAGAAUCAUUUUUGUAUACACUCCAUAUAAGAGAGAAGAGACCCAUCGAAGAUUCAGUACGGAGUCACCUGGAAAUUGGAGAUGUUGGAUACGAUCGCCCAUGCCCUGCAGGACCUGGGCAGGCAGGUGCUGCCCACUCUGCCCUCGCUGAGCCAGGAGGAAGUCUCUAUUAUCUGGGGGAAUGUAUCAGAAUUUGUGGGACGGCAGUUAACCCUGCACAAGGGGGUUCAGAUUCCAGGAUUUGGAACUUUCACUUUCAUGAGACAAAAACUUGAGGUGGGAAACAACAAAUUUAUCUUAAUCCAGAGGCCUGUGUUUAUUAUGGCGGAGAAGCUAGUGCAGAUCCAUGGACUCAAACAAAACAAAGUAUAUACUCCUGGUGAUAUCCCAAUUGUUCCACUUAAUUUUGUCAUGAUAUCCCUGGAGGGUCCAUUUAACAGAGAUGUAGUGGAAGGAUGUGUGAAGGAGACGUUGCUUUUUUUAUCGCGAUCCAUUUCCAUGAAACAAAACGUGGAGUUUACAUUCAAAGGAAUUGGGGUCCUCAUGAUCAGAGACAACAAAGUGAAGAUGAGGUUUUAUAAAGACUUCCUUUGUACCAUGGAUGAAAGUGGGGCUUUGGCAAAGGCCCUAGCAAACAGGCCUGGCACUGUGGACUCGGUGUUGUCCAGCAGAGAGGCCUUGAGGAAGUGGCCCAGCAGUGUGCUUGCGUUUCCAAGGAUUGAGCUCAAGGAGACGGAAAACAAACUGCCUAUGGAGACCCUUGUAGAAGAAUGUGGAGAGAAUAGAGAAAGGAAGUACAAGUUAAAAGACCAGUCAGACAAAGAAGAAGGCAUCAGAGAUAUCUCAUCACCCAAGAGACUUCGAGAUAGACAAGCUUUGUUCCCUGCCAAAGUGACAAAUGUCAGCUUGCUGGAAAAGGACCGAAGUGAGAGUGGUGAGAAGAUUAUGACCUCUGAAAGCUUAUCAUCUCCAAGUUGUCUGAAACAUGACAGUGACAUGAAGCCCCAAACAUCUCCAGCUUGUCAGGAUCAUGAUAAGGCAGGACAGGAAAUGUGCUAUGUAUGUUUGCAACGAGCACAACGAAAUUCCCCAUUGUACUACGGUGAGGAAAGGAGGAGAGAGAUAGAAGAUGAGAGACUCAUACAGCAGUAUCAGAUGUUGAAAGAUCAGGAGGCUCUCUUCAGACACCAGCUGAAAAGUCUGGCUACUAGAGAACAGAAUCAGAAAAAUGCUGCCUAUAAUCUUGGAGUUGCUGAAGCUAUAAGAAGCCACAAGAAUGAGAAACCAGAAUUUUAUAAGUCCUUCCUAUUUGACAAACGGCCACUCAGUCCUGCGUUUAAUGCUCUUAAGCAAGAGGAAUAUUCCCGGAGUCUUCUGAAACAAAUGGAUAACAGACAGGAAAACGAAAUAAAGCAAAGACAAUACAGAGAGUUGAUGGAUCGCCUGGAACAAGUGCAACUCACAGAGGAACUUGCUGUGCAAAGAGCGAAAUUUUUAAAAGAUAAGAUGGAAGAAACACAGUGUUACAAGAGAGCUUUGGAUGCACAGAUAAAGAACAAACCCUCCCGGCUGCCGCCCUUUGAGCCAGACUCCUCUGAGCCCAUCUUUGGUAAGAAUGAGGGUGAACUGAUAGUGGAAAAGCAAAAGCGAGAACAAAAUUACAUGAAACACCAGCUGGAGGCAGCUGCUAACCACAAGAGGAAAGCCAUCCUGCAUCAACUAGUGGACCAGAGGCGGGAUUUGCAAAUGCUUCAGAGGACACAAAGAGAGCAUGUGGCAGACAGAGCCGCUGAGCUGGAGCGAGUAAAUAGAAUCAACCAAUGCUUACAGGAGGACUGGGAAAGGAGUGCUGCGAUGAAGAAGCAGCGAGACCUGGAGGAGAAGGCUUUUGAACGGGCUUCAGACAAGCUGUUUCUCCUAGACCAGUGUGAGAAGUAUCGGCGCUGCAAGCAGUGCCAGAGACGCACCUCCAAUGUGGGCGAGAGCAACCUGUGGCCCCUGAACAAGUUUCUGCCAGGCUCCCGGUUGCUUGUGUAAAACUCAAAGUUUGGAUCUGUGUUUCCUGGGGAAAGUUUUUAUCUUUUACAUGUUUGGGGGUGAUUGUGAAACUGCAUAUUUUUACCUCAGAGAAAAAAAUCAUUGUUUAGGUUUGGUGCUUUCAUUAGAUUGCUUGUUAAGCCCUUAUUGAAUUCACUCCUGCCUUUCUCCCACCUCCACUUAUUUCCUAUACUCGUCUCUGAUGGCAGUGAAGGUGUCUAAAUGGUCCUGAGGGCUAGAACCUGCUGCACAGGGGCUGGGAAGGGGACCCAGAUUCAUUAUGGCUGCUGGGGUACUGCUGACCCAGCCCUGCUGCUGCUCCAUGACUUUGUGUACAAAACUUUUUUCGUCUGUAAUGAAUAGUGGCAAUAAUAAAUAUUUUCUAAGUGCC